GCCCCGAGGGCAACUCAAAAAAAGAAAAAAAAACUCUCCCCGAGGGAUCUCCGCUCGUUGUUUGGAAGAAGAAAAGAAGCCGCCCGCCUCUCAAAUCAAAAAAAAAAGUCCAGCGGAAAAAGCCCAAGCGCGGGAUGGCGGAUAUCCAGCGUCAUCCAUUUCUGGGAAGCUAAAUUGAUGGUUUCUCAGAAUGUGAUUUGUGCAUCAGUUUAUGCCUUAAGGUUUGGUUGAUGAUUCCAGCUAUGUACCAUAAGAGUGGUGAUCUUGGGUUGCUUAUGUAAAACAAGAUGACAGCGAGGAAGAAAAGUGACAGUAUGCAUCCUUCUAGUGAAAGAAUGGAAGCCAUCACUUCUGGGGGCAAUCAGUUGAAGCAGCAGUUUAAACCUGGGGACAUUACAUGGAUCAAGAUCCAUGGCAAUUCAUGGUGGCCUGCUCAGGUUGUUGAUGAGAAAACUGUGGGUAAUAAACCCAAAAAGAAGGCAAAGGAUGAAAUUUUGGUUCGGCAGUAUGGCACUUAUGAAUACUUAUACAUGGACCCUUGGAUAAGUAGUUCUGAGUUUGGGAAAUUUCUCAAGCAAGAAAAUUGCAAUGCUGGAGAAGCAUUCCAGAAAUUUCUGGAGGAGGACCUUUUAUGUUUGAAUUCAGCUGGCAAGUCUAAGAGAAAAGUUUCUAAAUUUGAAGAUGGAGGCCGGUUUGUUGAUAUGAAAGAGCAAAAUUCUACAGUUGAAGCUCCUAAAGGCAAAAAACAAAAGCAAGAUAGGACACAGAGAAACCGGGAAGCAAUUCAACCUGUCUCUCCAGGGUGUCCUUCAGAUAAAUUAAAAGUAGUGAGAGCACAGCAAGGCAAAGACAAGCCCAGGGAUGAAUCUCUGACAGAUGAAAAAAUAAAUCAAGAUGAUGUAAGAAAACCAAAGAUAGCAGAAAAAGCCAGAGCAGCAGGUUCUAAAAUCAAAAUUACAAAGCAAUAUAAUUUAAGACAGUCAAAGCGUAACAAUGUUGAGAAACAGGUGAAAGGAAAUGUUAAAGGUGAAGCUUUCAAACACAAAGGUGCAGAGCAAGGGGAGGUACGAAAGAACAUGACAGAGAAGGCAAAAUGUGAAACUUCUAAAGAGAAAAAUACAAAUCAACAUCGUUCAAGACAGAUGAAGCUUAAGGAUAUGAAGGAGCAGGUAACAUUAAUGGUUAGAUUUGGAUCUUCCAAAGAUAAAUGCAUGAAACAAUGUGAUGCCAGGAAUCCAAAAGUCAAAGAGAAGGUGACAGAAAGGGCUGAAAAUAAAGUUUCUGAAGGCAAAUGCAUCGGACGAAGUGAGGAGGGCAGGCAAAAUGGGGCACGAAAGGCUGUCAAUGGAGGUUCAAAAGUCAAAAUGACGAAACAAGAUUGUUUAAGAAAAUUAAAGCAUCAGUAUGAUAAGGAAGAGAGAGCAGAAAAGGAUGGAGAUAAAAUUUCCAAACACAACAAGACGAAACAAGGUAAAGAAGGAAGGUCAAGUGUGAUAGAGAAUGCAACAGAUGGAGUUUCUGAAGUCAAAAAUGUAAAUCAGAUGGGAUCAAGAGUGCCAAAGCACAGUGACACCAAUGAACAGCAUACUGAGAGUCCUGGCUUGAUCAAGUAUGGCAUACCACAACAAAGUGGUGAUCUUAGUGCAAGGAGAACUAGAGUGAUGCAAAGUCUGGGCCUAAUCGCUCCAUUAGGGUCCCCAUUCCGCAGAAAUGGAUUCGUUGAAGCUGCAGUGCUGAAACUUUGAUCGAAAAUGUCUCUUUUUGUCAACAACUUGGCUUAAUACAUUGUGAUCAGUUGAUAACUGAUUUCAACGCCUCCCUCCCCUGCAUAUUUUGUUGCAUAGUUGCAUUGAAUACAAAGGAAGGUGAAAUCAUUUUAUAUAUAACAUUUUCUUUUGCUAAUUAAGAGUUACGAUGUAUGCAGGUUACUGUUGGUCUUUGUAGAAACCAAAAUCUGUAGUCCAUAAAACUAAAAGUCUUCAUCAUAUGAGCAUUUAUUCAUAAUCAUAGCAAGAAGGUUGUUA